AUGGACAGACUGGUCAAACCAGAUGUGGAGGAGUUGAACCUAGUGUUCAUCAGAGGCCAGAAAUGUUCUACUACCUUUACGUUAACCAAUCUCAUGCACACCAUGUCAGUUGCUGUGUUUCUCGACACCACAAACCCCACUCGAUUCUCCUUCCACCACGCUUUAGUCGUCCUUCCACCUCUAGCCACCGUUUCUUUCACUCUUUUCCUAUCUCAAUCCUCUAAUCAGCCGCCAAUUGCCGCCCCUAAUCCAGACACCAUUCUCGUUCGUUCAUCAAUCGUGCUCGCCGGAAAUACCAAUCAGGAAAAUCUCCAUCUCUUAUUCUCCAAAUCCGGGCGGCAUAUCUUCAAAGACGCCACAAUUCCGAUCAAUUUUGUUGGCCAUGACGUUAUUGAUUUCCUCCUCUCGUCUCCCGCUGCUAAAAUUGUUAACCCUUCGUUUAUUCUAUCACGAGCCAUUUCAUUUUGCAACAAUCAUGAGCUCAAUUCUUUAUUGAGAUCAGCUGCUAAAACCGGGAACUUACUAUUCUUUUCAUCUUUGAUAACCGCCGGUGCUGACGUGAACCACCGAGACGUGAACCGGGAGUCGGUGAUGUCGUUAGCCAUCCGAUCCGGAAACGUGGACAUGGUUCGGGUCAUGGUUGAAUCCAAUUUCGUGAUUGACCAUUCGGUUGACCGUUUUUUACAUGAUGCAGCGUGUGUAGAUGGGGUGGGAACAAUGGAAGUUUUAUGUAUGAAUUAUCUAGAUAUCGAUAUAAACUCAGUUGAUUCCCGAGGCCAAACGGCUCUACAUAUAGCCGCAAAUCAUGGGUACAUUGAAGUCCUUGAGUUUUUAGUUACAUUAGGGAGUGAUUCCGACGUUGUGGAUAACAAAGGGUGGACCCCGCUUCACUGUGCUUCGAGUGAAGGCCAUGUGGCGGCGGUUGAGUUCUUACUAAACUCAUCGAUUUUUGUGAAGUACGCGGUGACUAAAGAGGGGAAGACCGCAAUCGCUCUUGCGUACGAGAAUGAUCACCUGGAUUUAUACGAUAUGUUGUAUUUGAGAGAUGUUUUGCAUAAAGCUGCCACCGUAAACGAUGUUAGUGGAUUAAAGAAAUGUUUGGCAGAAGGUGCGGUGGUGAAUGGAAAGGAUCAGAAUGGGUGGACCGCUUUACAUAGAGCGGCUUUUAAGGGUCGGGUUGAAAGUGUGAAACUUUUACUGAGUUAUGGUGCGCGGGUUGAUGUGGAGGAUAAUGACGGGUGCACUCCUUUACAUCGGGCGGUUGAUGCGGGUCAUGGUCAGGUGGCUAUGCUACUAGUGGCUCAAGGUGCAAGAGCUAGUACCAAGUCUCUUAUUGAUCAUAUGUCUUCGAAGAAUUAUCAUUCCCUUGUCGAUCCUCUUUGUUAA